AUGGUAGUUGGGCAACUCUACCACGAGAUGGAGGUAAAGGUGGUGGCUAGGCAAGCUUGGGAGCUCUAUGGCACACUUCUCUUAUCAAAACUGGCUAAAGAAUCGCUUUCGGGUCUCGUUGAGAAAAGUGAGGUCUUAGAAGGUGAUGGAGGUGUUGGGACUAAAAUGAAGAUAACAUUGGUUCCAGGGUCAGCUAGCUUUAGAACCUUAAUAGAGGAGUUCACAAAUGUCGACAAUGAGAAAUACGUGAAGGAAGCAGAAGUGAUUGAAGCAGGAUAUCUUGAUCUGGGAUUUACUUAUUAUCGUGUUCGUUUCGAAAUAAACGAAAAGGGUGAUGAUUCAUCUGUAAUCAAAACAACUGUUGAUUAUGAUGUCAAGGAAGAGGCUGCUGCUAAUGCCUCCUAUGUCAAUAUCGAGCCAAUGCUAAAAAUUGCAGAAGCUACCAAAAAGUAUCUCCUGGAAAACAAAGCUGCUAAAUCUGCACAUUAG